CAAACUUUCGAACAGGUGCGCAUGAUAAUGGAGACGGCGCCGCCGUCCUUGGUCUCUAAAGCUAGAACCGCCUUCAAUUCCGCCGCGGCUAAAGCGGAGCGCGUCUUCACUGAUCUCAAAUCUGAUCGAGAGGAGGAGAAGCAAUCGACGAGGAAUGAGAAUGACUCUCAGGAGGAGAAUGAAGUGAAGCCUCAGGGGUGGAGAACUGCACAUAUUAGGAAGAAGCAAGAGUGGCAAAAUAAACUGAAAUACUUGAGAAUUGGGAGGAAAGAAGUUGAAGAUCAAGACAAGGUUGAGGAUUCAGCCAUGGCUGCCCCUUUUUAUGACGAGAAUUUAAUUAUUCUUAAAGCGAAACAAGAACAAGAAGCCAAGGCAUCUGAUGUUGGCUGCUUGGUAGAAUCUCUAAAUGCCGUUGAUGCAAAUAGCAUUCCUCCGGCAUCCAUUGUAAAGCAGCUGGCUGCAGCAAUCGAAGCGGGAAAAAGAGCUAAGACUGUGAAAGACUUUGUUGCAUCGUCAGGAAGUUCAUCACCAGUGAGGGAGAGGGGAGGCUUGAGCCUCUCUGCAGUGAAAUCGCUGGUUCUUGGUGAAAAAGAGGAUAAGCUUGGUUUUGAUUCAGGAGAUGAGGAAAAACUUGUUUCUCUAAUAAAUGCCUUGUUUAAUGUUGAUAGUGGCUUCCUCAGCAGAACGAUUGUCUCUGAUUUGGAGUCUCCUACCAACAGACCAUCUUUCGCAAAAGAUCUUCAUGCUGCUCCCCCUAGUAGCUUUGUUGUUAAGCUAGCUGAAGUAAUUGGAAGUUUUACAACACCCAGGAGAAUGACUUUGUUCUGGUGCAAGGUGGUUGAUGAAUUGAGGAGAUGUUGGAACGAAGAGAAGCACAUACCAUGGAUACCUCUGGACAAUAAUCCAGAUUUGAAAAGUUGCCUACUGCACCAAUGGUUACAGGUUAUAAACUGUUGUCUUGCCAGGAAAGCACGCAGCAUAGCUGCUUCUGAAGCAUUAGAUGCGGUAAUGAGGCAAGCCAGUUCUGCCAACGAAGAGUCAGACGUUUCAGAAGCAACGGGUUCUCUUUUGUAUGCUAAAAGUAACUCCGGGGAACUUAUACUCCGCUUGGGCGUUUAUCACCAAGUUGAGAACUUAACAAUGUUGGAAACUGGCGAACCCGUGUAUGCCCCAAUAACUCAGGAAGGUCCGCUGUUGACGGAAGAUCUUAUUAGAGAAACAGAGGAAUUAGUACUUCGGACAGGAAGCAUGGGGGCUGGAUGUUCUCAACUCUUGUCUGACAUGCAGGCUUUCAAGGCAGCAAACCCUGGCUGUAUUUUGGAAGAUUUUGUGAGAUGGCACUCUCCACCAGACUGGACUGAAAAUGGUAACUUGUCUGGAGAUGACUCUUCACCCGUUCGAGGUCAAUUAAGUACCCGGAUGCAGAAAGAAGGUAAUUUAUGGCGCGAGCUGUGGGAAACAGCUAAACCACUCCCUGCUGUUAAACAAGCGCCUCUCUUCGAUGAAGAUUUAGCUGUAGAAGGAAUCUUGAAUUAUUUGGAAGACAUUCCAGCUGCUGAACUUUUCGAGCAGCUGUUUACUUCGCUACUUUCCCUGGGGUUUGUGAUGGUGGAGCCAGUUUUAGCCACAAACGAUGACUUGUCAAAGCUUUUCUUCGAAUGCAAGGACUAUGUAGUCGCUAUUUGUCAGGGGGGUGCAUGGACCGAUAAGCUUGAUGAUCUCUGCCAGGUAUACGAGACCGUGGAAACAAUGUUAUUACGUCCAGAAGAAGUUUUGAGAUCAAUGAAACAAACAGAGGACUCACCAUCAAGUGGGAGCGAAACGAAACGCCGGUUUAAGCGGCUCGGUUUCAUCUUUCGUGGUAGUAAAGAACGAAAGCAGACAAGAGUUCCAUCAGAAACUGAACCGAAAAGCACCGAACCUAGCCCACGUCAAUCGUUCUCUAGUCUUUUUGAUGGCAAGUCGUCUCUGUUUGCAAAGAGACCUCCUAGACCUGAAAAUGUGACGCUUGUCUGAUUUCUUCUUAUUUAUUUGAUUUGUUUCAUCUGCUUUUGAGUCAUUUCUCAGUUUUUU